AUGUCAAAAAUUGAUGGUCAAACUGAAAUUGAAAAAAUUAUUGAAGAACAAGAAAAGAAGGAUAUCGAUGGUUCUUCAAGUGUUUUGAAGGCAAAAAUUGGUUUUGAAGAGGAAAAACAACCAACUUCUUCCUCUCAACCACCCAUCAUUACAGAACCUCCACCAAAACAGUCUCAACCAAUUUCUUCUGUCGGCGAAACAACAAUAACUACAAUUACCACAACCCGUAGAAGUCGUUCACCUCCACGUGUACUUUUGACAUCUUUACGUAAAUCGCCUCAAUCAUUUCCGCCAUUGGGCAAUUCUUCUUUAGAUUCACAACAAAAUUUGGCAGAAAAGAAUGGGCGUCAAACAAAAUCUACAGUCAGUGUCUCUUUUGGAGAGGUUGAUGUGAAAAAAUAUAAUGAAAAUAAAGAAGAAAUAAAAGGAAAAGAAGAAUUAACAAAACAAAAAGGAGAAGAAAAGUCUGGAAAAAGAAAAGUCUUUUCAACAAGAAGUUUAAGAAUGGUAGCAAACCGUGUGUGUGAGGCUAGUCCUUUAUUACGUCGACGAGGGCAUAGUGCUAAUGCCCCGCAGGAAAGACAAAAAGAGGCGGGAAUGGGAUCUUUAGCAACGCGUUUUGGCAACAAUAAAAAUACUUUUGAUAGUAAUCAACAAAAAUUAAAAACGGCAAAAUCUACUUUUGCUACAACUAAUGUUAUAAGAUCAGUUAAUUCUGUCCGUACAAUUAAUCGCCCGUAUGGUGCCCCUCUAGCAGAAAGUGAAUCUUCAAUUGUCGCCAAUUCCCCUGCUGUAGAACAAUUUCCUGGAGUUUUUCCUAAUGGAAAAGAAGUAAUUAACAAAAAACGUGGUGGUGGGGGUAUUUUUGGAACAAAUUCUCGUUUUGGACGAAAAGAAGAUAAAAAAAUAAUUGUAAAUGAAGAAGAUAAAAAGAAACAACAACAAAAACAACAGCAAAAGAAUUCUAGUAAUAUUACUAAUGGAAGUGGAAAGGCAAAUAAUUUGGCUAAAAAUGUAACAGAAACAAAAACAUUGAACAGCACCUCAAUAAAAUCAAAGUCCUCUACCUCUUUUCAACGCCCAACAUUGGUGGCCCGGCUGUCACAUAAAAAAUCUAGCAGUCAAGCAGUUGGGACGAGUGGAGGUGGAAUAAAAAAGGGUGACGAUUCAAAUAAAAAAGGAAGCAAAGAAGCACAAAACCAAAAAGAAGAAAUUAUAAAACAACAACAAAAACAAUCAACAAUGCUUGUAACUACCACAACAGCCCCUUUAGGAGCAGAUUUUCGUUUAAUUGACGAGCCUGCUUCUUCUGUUCAUUCUCACUCUACUCCAUUAAAAACAACAUUGGACAACAUUCAAAAUGGAAGGAAAACUUCUUCACUUUCUUCUUCUUCACUUCAAUCUUCUACAAUGCUUUUAAUUGCAGAACAACAACCGUCUACUGGAGAAGUUUCUCUUAAAAUGUUGGAACGGAAAAUGAAUGAAACUAAUUUGGGGAAUAAUUCUUCUACUGCUCGGAGUAGGAAAAGGCUUUCUUCUGACUCAAAAUUAAAUGACAACAACAAUGUUGCUGCAACUUCUACAAAAACUACAAAAGCCUUGCCUUUAUCUACAACUGAACUGACAGAUUUAAAAUCAGGCCCUCGAGAAGAGCAAAUGCCUUUGGUCGAUGAUUUGGCAAAAUCAGAGGAUGGUAUUUCUUUUUCCCCUUCUAUUGCCGCUACUUCAGCUCUUGUUGUUGAUUUUCGUUCAGAUUUGUAUAAAUUGCGCGAUUCUGUUAAGAAGGACCUUGAAGAAUUGGAAACUUUACGGAAACAAAACGCCUCUUUGCAAGAACAACUUGCUGAACGGAAUAAAAUUAUUUUACAAUUACAACGACAAUUAAGGGGAGAUUUGUGAUGAUGAUUUCUUU